GUCACUGAAUGCCUUUCUGCCAUCUCAUCCUGGAUGACAUCUCGCCACCUCAAACUUAAUAUUUCAAAGACAGAGUUAAUUAUAUUUCCACCGGCCAAUAGUAGGUACCAACCUGAUAUCUCUAUCACUGUUGAAAACUCGACUAUCUACCCUACCCCACAAGCUCGCUGCCUAGGUGUCAUCCUUGACUCUGAUCUGUCCUUUGUUCCCCACAUUCAAUCUGUCUCAAGAUCAUGUUACAUGCAUCUAAAAAACAUAUCCAAAAUACGACCAUACCUUACACAAGACACUGCUAAAACUCUAAUCCACGCUCUCAUUAUCUCCCGCAUUGAUUAUUGCAAUAGUCUCCUAACUGGUCUUCCCAAAACAAGACUCUCACCACUACAAUCCAUUCUGAAUGCAGCGGCGAGGCUUAUCUUCCUCGCUAGACGUUCAUCGUCUGCAGAUCCACUCUGUCAGUCCCUCCAUUGGUUACCUGUACUCUACCGCAUUCAAUAUAAAAUACUUUUACUCACACACAAGCAUCAUAUAACAGACGCUGCAGAGCGGGAGAGGUCAAUUGAGCGCCGGAGCAGUGAAGAGCUCCAGAAGAAGAAGAAGACCGAGUGGCGGCAGAAUACACAGCGGCGGAGGCGGCGAGAGAAGAUCCGGCGGCAGGGGAAAGAAGAGGCAGCGGCCGAGAGGAAGGGAAGAGGUGAAACCCGGGAUCCAGCGGCGGAAGACCGGCGGAGAGUGCUGCAGUGUGUUGGAAGCAAAAGAGCUGACGACGCUCCCCACUGCAGCCUCUCCCACCGAUCCGGCUAG